ACGAAGAACCGUCUUAGAAUACGAAGAAUCUAAAGUAUUCGACAACUUUCUUUCGGAAUUCACAAAUUUUGCCGAUCUUAUAUGGUUGCUAUGCCAACAAGUCCUUGAGAGAAUGUGUUACCAGAUAUUGGGUGGCUUCAUGGAGCAUAGAUAUGGCGCGGACAUUAAACUCUUGUCGACCUGAAAAAACAGAUUCCCAAAUAUCAAACAAUCGCGAGAAAGGAAUCCCAAAGUAUAAGAUCUACGUUAUUUUAUGGUUUAUAUCGACUUUAUGCUAUGCUAACUCUUUGACAGGAGAGUUUGUUUUUGAUGACCAUGAAGUGAUUGUAACGAAUGUGGAUAUCAGCCCAAAGAGUCCGUUAAUGUCAAUAUUUCAACACGACUUCUGGGGCGACUCCAUAUAUAGUAACACAUCCCACAAGUCCUAUCGACCCGUCACUAUCAUUACCUUCAGAUGGAAUUAUAUCUUCGGAGGCCUGGACCCGACUUUUUAUCACGUGGUCAAUAUUUGUCUCCAUGGAGUGGUUACUAUUUUAUUCACGUCUACUUGUGUGGUGUUAUUUCGUGGUUUGACGUCAUCGAAUACUUGCGCCUUAUUGGCUGGUUUGUUAUUCGCCGUUCAUCCGAUUCAUACCGAGGCUGUGUCGAGUGUGGUUGGUCGAGCCGACUUACUUUGUGCGUUGUUUUAUAUACUAUCGUUUCUUUCUUAUACUCAAUCAAUAGUACUGAAGACUCCUCCUCCAUGUGGGAGUCGAACUAGCAGUCAUUCAUGGACGUGGAUUGUAAUGAGUAUCGUAUUCUGUGUUUUGUCAAUGUUAAGCAAGGAGCAAGGAAUAACUGUAAUUGCUGUAUGUAUAGUGUACGAUGUACUGUAUAUCUGCACCAUCCAACCCAAGGAUGUUGUGUUUAUUGCCAGGAAUCCCUUGGUUGUUCUUAAAAGUUUAAAGUCGUGGCCAAAGUGGGCGCGGCGUCUUGCGGAACGACUCUCAUUACUCAUGCUCAGUUGUGUAGCACUGCYGUACAUAAGAAUCGUGGUGAUAGGUGGAGGAGCGCCAAAGACUUUUGUUGAAUCUGACAACCCAACUUUCUUCAAUCCAGACUUGUGGACUCGAUUUAGAACGUACUUGUAUCUAUGUGCAUUCAAUGCGUGGUUGUUGGUGUGUCCAAACACUCUGUGCUUUGAUUGGUCAAUGGACAGCAUCGCUAGGAUAGAAACAUUUAGUGACAUUAGAAACAUAACCACGCUUUCUUUUAUAGCUGUUUUAGCCUUUUUAAUUUUGAAAGGUCUCCAGUCUUACUCGUCUCAACACGCAGACGACAAAGACACCGCAGUGGCUAUUGGGACAACCACAUCACGUGACAUAAAUAGAAAUGUUCAAGAGAAGGCCUCCAAGACAAGACACUUGAGAAAUAACGUCCAGCGUAAAUAUUCUUCAGAUGUGCUGAUUGGAAGGACGAUACUCCAAGGUCUCUCUAUGCUCAUCAUCCCGUUCAUUCCCGCCUCUAACCUAUUUUUUCCAGUAGGGUUUGUCGUAGCAGAGCGUGUCUUAUAUAUCCCCAGUAUGGGCUUUUGCAUCAUAGCAGCUCUUGGAAUUAGCAAAGUAUUCAGGAGACAUGAAACAGAGCAGAACACAGAACAAGACUUAGCUGCCAAGGAGCAAGAUGUUUCCUCGCUGCUCACCCUAGGGUUAUCCAUAAAGGGUGCGGUGUUGUUCUAUGCCUUGCUCAUUAUCUUUGCAACCAAGAUUGUGCAUAGGAACAUGGAAUGGCAAGAUGAUGGCUCCCUAGCAGCGGCUGGACUCAAAGUCAACCCUAGCAACGCAAAGAUCCAUCUCUGUAUGGGGAACUACUUAGCUAAAAAGGGUCUGCGCUCUUGUGAAGGUCAUUACCGCGAGGCGCUGAGGAUUCGUCCCCAUUACACCUUGGCAUGGGUGAACGUUGGACUCAUCCUACUCAACACAGGCCGUCCCCACGAAGCCGAGUACUGUUACAACAAAGCAUUGUCCAUCAAUCCCAACAGUCCCAAUGCUAACACCAACAUGGGGAACUUACUACGCCUCGAUAAACGAUACGAGCAAGCAGAGAUUCACUACAGAAGAGCAUUGUCUUCGAGAGCUGAUGAUCCAAUGUUGUUCUUUUAUCUUGGCUCAGUGCUGGAGAAACUAGGAAAAAACAUGGAAGCCAAGAAUUGUUAUUUACAGAGCAUCACUUUAAUGCCCUCGCAUUCCAAAGCUUAUUUCGCRGUGGCAAGAAUAUUGAUUGAACCAAUGAACGAUGAUCCGGCAGACAGCGCCUCAUUGAAGACCUUAGAAACGGCUGAACAAUAUCUACACAUCGGCUUACGCUACGAACCAAACGACAUCCAAGCAAGAUUACUCUCAGCUAAACUUCUCCUAAAACGAGGUAACCUUGCGAUGGCCAAAAAUGAAUUAUCCUUCAUUCUAUCACAUGACCAACACAACACAGAGGCUAAGUACCUAGUGGGACAGGUGAUGGAUAGAGAUGGGAAGUCAGAUGAGGCAGAGAUAUUGUACCAGUCAAUCCUAGAAAAAUACAAUCAUACUAAAACAAUACAGGCACUACAAAGAUUGAAAUACAAAAGAAAUCAGGACAGUCACUAGAGUGCUCAGUAAAUACAUGUACAUUUUGAGAAAAGGCGGGAAAAGUGGAUUACCUCAAUCAGAAGACCAAAUUUUCUGGAACUUUCAGAUUGGAAUGAUACAUACCAUUUGUUUUCCAACUGGAAUUUCCAGAUUUCCAGGGUAAAUGGUAAGCACCACUGAUUUCUUUUGUUUCGUCAUGUUAUUCUUACAGCCAGGAUAAUUUUGAUAAGGCUUAACUGUGUCAUUUCAUGUGCUAACCUUACUAAGGUGUGAAAGGAAUGUUUUAGUUAGAUAUUGAACCAUGAAUUCAGAAAUCAAGAGAAUUAUCUUUUUGUUAGCAGUAAUUUAUUGUUGAAGGAUAAUCUAUUUAAAACAUAGUUUAUGACUUUUUGUAUUAGAUUAUAUAUCAUG